AUGUCAAAAGCAGGACGCAAUGACAUGCUUACACUCCUCUCCAUGAGAUGGAACCAGCAGAAGUUUCAAAACCUGGCAAAUUCUCUUUCCCAAAGAUACCAUAAGACUUCUAGAGCUCUAAAUGUCCAGUUGGGGGACCUGGAAACUCUGAAAGCCAAGCUUCAACUGCAAGAAAAAAACAUGGAGGAAUUUGUGCAAGAUGUGAAAGACUGGGCAGAUGGAGAAACAAACCACCAAGACACGACACAGGCUUUGUGUCAGAAGAUUGAGGCCCUCACAUCAAGUAUAAAAACAAGAUCUCAACGCCUCUACAAAACAAAUGACAGCAACAAAUGUCGACACAGAAUUAGACGGAAAAUAAGGCAAGAAAAGACCACUUUGCAGACCAUGCUAGCCAAGUACAACAGCCUUGUAACACCCGAGCAAGCAGUUUGCAUGGAUCAUAUUCUGGACACAGAACAUCCCUGGCCUUGGCAAAUAACACAAGAAGGCGCUGUUGAUUUCAGCACAAAAAAGGAAGUCUUUGAUAGGGUCAUGGCAGUUCGAAGGCUUCAAGAGGAGAAGAAGAUCCUUGUCAAAGAGAUCAAGCAGCACUGGGAUUCUCUGAAGUCCCAUGCCAGAGUCUUGUCUGAGUGGUCUUUCCAUCAGAGUGAAAACACCCAACAAGGACAUCUCACAGAGAAUGCGAAGAAGGUGUCACUUGCCUCAUCCGCAGAAGGCUGA